AUGAAAUUUUGUAAAUGGAAUAAAAACCAUCCUAAUCAUAGGACCUUAUUCAUGUGGUUCAUGAUAAUAUGGUGGGAUAAAUUCACUAGGGAUCACCUAGCUCCCGCCAAGAUCAUCAUAGCGCUUAUCCCAUCCCCCGACUCUGCUGCUGCUCAGCCUUUGACCACUUCUUCUAAUCUAAGUGUUUCCCAAAGGUUGCAACUGCUGAUAGACCAGCCAGGAUCAUCAUCUUCUAAAGAAGACUUGAAAAAGAUAGUCCUCGAGAUUCUGGAUCUGGAUGACGAAUCCAUGGCAUCAUCAUCUGUCACUCAGCCUAAAAAUGAGGUGGACCCUUUUGCAAAUGAAGACAUGCUGGAUAAUUAUCAUCCGGUUCUUUAUGGUGGGCCUCAGUGA